AAAUAAUAAAUUGUUUUUAAUUAAAAAUAAAUUAAUAAAAAAUUAAUCACACAACGAAUAGAUUUUUAAUAAUAAUAACAACAACAUGAUUUUCACACAUGGCAAUAGCAACAACAACAACAACACAUGGUCUUCAAAUGGCCCCCAUAUUGCUGAAGAUCGCAUGCCACGCCGAAGAAAAAGGCAUUUUAGCAAAAUGAAUUUAAUGUUGAUGAUAUUUGUAAGCUGCUGUUUAAUAUUGAUCAUAAGUCCUGUAGUUAAAGCCAAAGAAUCGAACAAUAAUAAUGCCACCGCCAAAGGUGAGAACAUGCUUAACACUGAAGGCAAUAACUGGACAGGAGGAGUAGUUGAACAAAACAAAGAUAAAACUAAUGAUAAAAACACUUUCAAAAGACUCAAGUCAACAGAUUUUAAUGAUGAUGAUGAUAAUGUUGAUAACACAGAGGAGGAGGAGGAUUCGGAGGAUGAGGAGGAACAUUCUAGUGAAGUCAUAGAAAUGAUACAGCCAGCACAUAACUUAAGACACCAGGAACACUACAAACAACGCAUACUAAUGGCUGAAAAAGAUUUUCAAUUGAAACAAAAGCAACAACAACAGCAACAACCACGACAACAGCAAAAGAAUCAGAAAAAAGAAAAUGCACAUGAUGAUGAUGUUGAUGAUGAAGAAGACUAUGAUGGUGACGAUGAGGCCAUAGAACAAGAACGAGAAUCUUUAUCUUUACACAAUAGAAAUUUAAGAUACCAACAAAUCCAGUUAGCUUUAAGGGAACCCAUGACUUCUUCAACAACACCAACACCCCCCCACCAUCAUCGUCGUCAUGAACAUCAUUUAGCUAAGCAACGCUUGGCAAAACAACCCAUCUACAAUACAUGGCCAACGCAACAACAACAACAACAUCAUUUAAGACAUCAACACCAUCAUCUCACGCAAGACUCUCAACAUCAUAACCAACAACAACAACAGCAACAACCACAAUUGCAUCAUUUAAAACCUCAAAUAAGGAAACAAAAUCUUACCCACAACAAUCAACAACCUCUAUAUCAACGUUAUUUUGAUCGUGAAAGUUCUUAUAUGAAUCCUUCACCUAGACUUAUGACAACCGAAGGACCACCACCACAACCACCACAUUUAAGACACACUGGCGCAGGAACAAAUAAAUAUUGGAAAAGCAUGCAAUACUCAAAUAAUCCUCAUAACCGUUUGUACAAUGAUGCAGAGGUGGCAACCUCUCACAAUAACCAACCAAAGGAAGAAGACAUUAAACGUAUUUCAUUGUCAUUAGAUGAACAUGAUGAAAGCGAAAAUGACAAUGAAAACGAAAAGGCCAAUAAAAGCAAAGAACCACAACAAACAUUAGAUGAGACAGCUAAAUACGAAGACACUGACAUUGAGGAUGUCAAUAGCAAUGAUAAUACUGACACUGAUGCCACUACAUCAAAUGAAGAUGAUUAUUCCUAUGAAGAUGAUAAUGAUGAUGACAAGGAAAUCAAUAAAUCCCCUAAAUAUCCCACCAUACAGGCAUAUGCUAAAACUAAUGUUAAACGUUAUACAAAUCCCUUAAGACCUCUAUAUAAAACAUCCUCCUCCGCAUCUUAUAGCUAUCGUCCUACUCAACACAAUUAUCAUUUAAGACAUGCUCCGCAAUUAAUGAAAACCUCUAAUGGUAAUAAUGGUGAUGAUUAUGAUGAUACCGAUAAUUAUGAAGAUGAUAUUACAUCGGACGAAUCAACAACCUCUAAUAAUGAUGACGAUGAUGAUGAUAAGUUUUCCGAUGAGAAAUGGAAUAAAAUUGAACAUGAACAUUAUCGCAAACAAUUGCAACAUCAACGUGCUAUGCAGGCAUUACGUUCUCGACGACCAACAUCGAAUCUUAAUAAUCAACAUUCAUCCAACACCAAUAAUAAUAAUAAUAACAAAUAUUCUUCUUAUUCUCCGGCUGCUGCCGCUGCUGCUGCUGCCUGGACAAAGCGUCAAACUAUGAAUGAUGAUGAAACUGACAAUAUUUAUGCACGCUCUUAUGUACCUGGCACAGUGACACGCAAAAAGGAGGAAGAAUUGGGUUCACCAGCGGCUAUUUUAGAAUCGAGAAGACAGUAUGCUUUGCAACAAAGACAAAAUAAAGCUUUGGCCAGUGCACAUCAUCGUCGUAUAGUUACAGAGGGUUCUUGCCGUUUGCCACAACCACGAGUGGAACGUAUACGCAGAGACUCUUGGAAGAUUUAUACACCCCAUUGUACGAUUCUUCAUCGUUGUGCUGACGAUGCCGGCUGUUGUCCCAGUGAACGUCAGACCUGUGCUCCAAAACGCACCAAAAAUGUGGAUUUAUACUUUUUUGUUAUCAGCCUUAAUGAAACACAAGGAUCAAUAGAAAAGCUAACAUUUGUUAAUCACACCGAGUGUCAUUGUGUCAAUCGUUCUAAGCAGCGAGCACCCGAAUAUGCCAGCUCUGGUGCCAAAGAACUUAUAGCGAAUAAUCAAAUACCCUAUCUAAGACGGGCCACAAUACUCAAUUGUUAUUGUCCCAAUUUAUUUGAGAAAAUUUUACAAGAAGAUGGUUUCUGUCGAUGUGACUGUUCAUCGGGUAAUAUGGGCUGUGAUUGGCUGAAAAGAGGCAUGGAACAUUUCUCUAUGAAUGAUCGAAAAUGUAUCUUAGAGGGUCGCUGUAAAUUGCCCACCUGUGAAUACGGUCAAUAUAUUAAAAAACAUGGACGUUGUCCUAGACGAGAAGAAAGACAUCUUUCUAGUGAUGUUGAUUGGUGAGCGGUUUUUGUAAGCUUUUUAAAGCUUUAAAAAGCUUUUGUUUAAAAUGAAAGAAAACAACAAUUACUUUUGACAGAAAAGUAAUCAAUGAUAUAAUUAGCUACAAAUUGUGUUGAAUUAAUACAUCAAUUUGCUAAGAAACAAAAACACAUACACACACAUAAUGUUAUUAAACAUAAAAGUAUUACAAAAUAAAUAAAUAAUUUAUUAACUAAUGUAGAUUUUUUUUGAAUUUAAGAAAUGUUUAAACAAAAAUACAAAACAACAAAUUACUAUACAAUAAUGAUGAACUUGAAAAGUGAAAAAACAAACAACAAAU